CUGUCAUUCGACCUGCUGCGCAGUUCCUGUUCACUUCAUUAAUUAUGUAGUAUUGAUUACCUAUUAAAGUAUUACUUAUACAAUACUUCACAUUGGCGUGAAGAAUUCGAAUUCAUGCUUACUAAUUUCUCCUACGACUACACUCUACGGUCAUAAUCUGCCAUGGGAGGGAUCCGAUGCCGAUUCCGCAUGCACUCGCCUGGCAGUCUGCCACCGCCCCACACCUGUUCGGCAGCGGAUGCUCUGCCACCCUUUUCCCCACGAUGCUGGUGGAUAUUAUUUACUGCUGGUACCGCCCUGCCAGUACCAUAGCGCUACCAACGGAUCUUCGUUCCGUGUAGCUGCCUGAACGUGCAUCGCCAAACUGCUCAACGUAAUGCCAAUCGUCCUUCUGGAUGAUCUGGAUGGAGCAAAUUCUUCGUAACGCCCUGAUGACCUUGCAGAGCGCUAUUUCGCCCUACGCGUCAUUCCAUUCAGUUGCUGUUGGUUGUUGUCAUGGCCUGCGUUCACCAUUGUUCUAUGCAGCGUUUACUCUGCAGUCCUGUUAUUCCGUACAGUACGUAUCCUUGUUUACCUCCUUCCGUUAAAUCCACAGAGCAACCUGAACGCGUUAUGUACGAAUGUACAGUACGUCCUGUCCUGGAGUACAAUACACAGUAUCGUACAAUGUUACACCGUUAUUCGAGCCGACUACGCAAUGGUUAAAUCCUUCGUAUGGCGCCUUACACUUUGAAUCUGGAUAACCUUGCUACUGCGGUUCGUAUAGUUUACACCGUAUUUCCUGCACUUGGAUGAUGCGAUGAAUUUCAACUCACAUGCCAGUUGCCGUUCCAGUUCGGUUGCCUGGAUCCGGGAUCGUACUCCUACAUGCACUUUACAAUGCAGUGCAAUACUUUAAUUUAUACGGAUUAAUUCUUAUACUUGCUUAUACGGUUUCGCUAAUACGCUACUUAAUUACAAGUGCUUACCUAACUGCUAAAUUCUAUGCAAGUUCGUUUCUACAUCCCGUACAAUUACAAUUCCGAUACUUAAUUCGUAUCACUUUCGAUACGUGGGGACGAGUUGUCGUGUACGUUGCUGUCCUAGCAACUACUGUUUUACUUCAUACGUCUUCCUGUUAUAUUCCUGUCAUUCGACCUGCUGCGCAGUUCCUGUUCACUUCAUUAAUUAUGUAGUAUUGAUUACCUAUUAAAGUAUUACUUAUACAAUACUUCACAGUACAUGUUCCAAGUAAAUCAAACAGUUGUACGCCGUCAGAUGAUCCAGGAUAAAAUUCGUGCACAGCUCGGCCAGCCAGGGCAAAUCGUACUUGUCAGCGCAGUACAGUGUCUGCACCGCGUUCUCCGCUGCGAGAUGCUCCAUCGUAUCCGUGUACAUGUAACUGCAAACGCAAAAAUCACCCUACAAUGCAUUCCAACGGAUGCAAUUCAGAAAAACGUGCUGGGAUAUUAGACGUAUUUGCUGCAGUAAACAAAGUCCCAUAUGUGUGAGAUGCUGGCCAAACACGUUUAAACAUGUCGUCGUGCACCAGACGUACCUGAGCAUGUUGGCGAACGCGUCUGGAGGGAUCUCGGGGAUCUGGAUGACACUGGCACAGCGCUCGGCCCAGCUCCCGUCGAACAUGGCCUGGAAGACGUCGCUGCUGACGCUCAGCACUAACCUGCCGUACAAACCACCUUGUUUUAUUUUUCCUGUGAGAGAAGCAGUAUAGUGUGGCCUGUGGGACGCUGUCGAUUAAGGUGCGGAGUCUACUGACUUGUGUGCGCGGAACGUCUUCACUGCGCCACACUGGCGUCCCACGGCGAAUUCCACAUCCGUCAGCUCUCUGUUGGAUAGAAGACUCUUCCAACGACUGGACAGUAGCUGGAGAGAACCACGACGCUCAGAACUGGCAGAUGAAGAUGAAAUCUGCGCCAUAACUGCAGGCUACUGUUCUGCGUAGCAGCUGCAGAGACUACACUGUGCGGCCAAUUCGCAAACGGGGAACAAAUAAAAGCAACAGAAAAUGCAGUAUAAUGAAGUGGGGUUGCUGAACUGAAGCUCUAAAAAUUCUGAAAUUUCUCAAACCAAUCAACUGUAAAAAAUGAGCGAAACUGAAAAAACCAAGAUUGCUUAUUUCCUAAAAAAUACAAAAUGCAGACAUGGUAGUGCGGACUGAGGAGAAAGGCCAGCUGAUCGGAAGUGAUGUGAAUGAAUUGCCAUAAUUCAUAGUCUGCACCGAACCGCCCGCCACGACCUACCUAAUCAGCCAGCAUGAGUCAGACCGUGGCACGCUGCUGGCCUGUGUGUGACUGUGUGUAUCAUCGGCUCUGUCGACUUUGUUUGGAUAUCCUGGUUCAGACUUCAGCGCUGUCUCUCUGUCUCUGUGCUGAACUCGCUGCUGCUUCUGUACGCGAGUGUUAUAACACACUGCAGUACGCACUACGCAGCGCAGGCCAAAAAGCGAUUAAUACAGCUCGAGUGGAGAACUGUGAUUGUUUAUCUCUCCUCAUUCCAAGGACCCCCCAAAUCUGCAUUGCUCACAAAUCAAUCCCUUGUGUAUUUCCCAAAUGCAUACAUCAUAAUCUCUAUUUUACCUUGUUCCUGGUGAUCCGUGUUGUGGAUGGCCCAUUCAUCGGGGGCGAUGGCGGUAGGGGGCCCCCUGGUGCCCGUGGGAGGGACGCGCGGCCCCACGUCCCUCGACGACAUCGAUCUCAAUGCGCUCAAAGAUCCGAGUGGGGUGCUGGAGCUGAUCGAGGUGGUGGGGAAUGGGACGUACGGGCAGGUGUACAAAGGACGACAUAUGCGGACGGGACAGCUGGCCGCCGUCAAGAUCAUGGAGCUGUCGGAGGAGGAUAUUGAGGAGAUCAAGCUGGAGAUCAAUCUCCUCCGCAAGUAUUCCCAUCAUCGCAACAUCGCCACCUAUUACGGCGCCUUCAUCCGGAAGAGUCUGCCCGGCAAAGACGACCAACUAUGGCUGGUAAUGGAGUACUGCGGCGCCGGCUCGGUGACGGACCUGGUGAAGGCCACCCGCGGCGGCAGUCUGAAGGAGGAGUGGAUCGCCUACAUCUGCCGGGAGAUCCUGCGCGGCCUGAGUCAUCUGCACAACAGCAAGGUCAUCCACCGCGACAUCAAGGGCCAGAACGUCCUCCUGACCGACAACGCCGACGUUAAGCUGGUCGACUUCGGCGUCAGUGCGCAUCUGGACCGCACCAUUGGACGGCGCAACACCUUCAUCGGGACGCCCUACUGGAUGGCCCCGGAAGUCAUUGCCUGUGAUGAUAAUCCUGGAGCAACCUAUGAUAACCGGAGCGAUCUGUGGUCACUGGGUAUCACGUCCAUCGAAAUGGCCGAAUCUUCUCCCCCAUUAUGUGAUCUGCACCCGAUGCGCGCCCUCUUCCUGAUCCCGCGCAAUCCCUCCCCGCGUCUAAAAUCGAAGAAAUGGUCCAAGAAAUUCGUCAGCUUCAUCGAGCAGGUCCUGGUCAAGGACUACCACAAACGCCCCCCCACCGACACCCUCUUAAAACACCCCUUCGUCCGCUGCGAAGCGGCCGCCGAACGCCAGACCCGCAUCCAGCUGAAAGACCACAUCGACAAGUGCAAGCGUCUGCGCGGCAAAGUCAUCGACGCCCCCUGGGAACUGCAGGGCGAGUUCCACCAGUUCAGCGGCAGUGAUGAGGAGGCGGAGAACAACACCCCGGCGGUGGAGGCCCCGCCCCCUGAACGGGCGGCGCCCCGCAAUGUUCCCGCGCCGCGGUUGGUGGCGCCCAGUGAGUCGACGCUGCGGAAGAACUUCCUGCAGUUGCAGCAGAAGCAUCUGGUGCCCCAGGGGGGUGGGGCGGAGGGGGAGCGGAGUAAUGGCGCGGGUGGGGAGCAUAAGGCGCCGAUUAUGCGGGAGAUUCGGGAGCCGGUGGUGCAUCGGCCGCAGCGGGAGAGUGGGCAGUUUGGCGGGGAGCGGGAGCCGCCGCUACUGCCGGAGAAGACCAAGCCCCCCAUGCGGUUGGUGGGGCAGCCGGCGGCCAUCCCGGCACUUCCGGCUAGAGCGCAACAACAGCAAGUGCAGAAAGUAGAGGACCUGGACGCCGUGGCGGCGCAGCUGGCGCGGCUGGGCGCGGCGUCCACAAGCGAGAGCAGCCUGGCUGGGAGUCGUCGCGACAGCGACAACGAGACACCGCCGCCGCCCAAGCAGACCAAACAGAUGCGCCGCGUCAUCAGCGUCUCCAGCGACGAGGACAACGACGACCUCAGCCCGGACGAGGCGCCACCGGGGGCGGGCGCCCCGCCGGCCGGUCGCAGCAGUCGCCGGCUGGCUUCCAGUUCGGAGUCCAGCAGUGACGAGAGCGGGGCGUCGGAUAGUGAGGAGACCUCGGAGGACGACGAUAAUGUGUUGGAGGAGAUUGUCACGCGCCAGAACCGCGCCAACGCCGAAAUGGAGAAUUCUGUGAACAGUCAGUUGCUGCCGGCGGGCCCCCCGCAAUCCAAACCGCCGCCCCUGCCUCCACAGUCCUCCAUCCAGAACCGGCCCCUCCCCCCGCUGCCCCCGGAAGCCUCCCCGCAGUCUUCCCAAGGCGCCAAGAGCCGUGCCUCCACGGUGUCGGUCAUCAAUGAUCCCGCGACGGCGGCGGCCAAAGGCGACAGUGAUAACGACGGCGAUGGAACGAUACGCAAACCCAAACGCGCCUCUUCCGAGCGCUCGGCAACGCGGCCGGAUGCGCAUCUCACCAGCCAAGGAUCGAGUUCGUCGUUCCGCGAGAGGGAACGCGAACGCGAGCGCCCGAUAUCGCAACAAGUCCAGCCGCCGACGGCGGCGGUUGCGGCUAGUGGAGCGUCGUCGCGGGCGCCCAUGCAGCGCGAAUCCUUCGCCAAGAUCCGGCAGGCCUCGGCGGCCACGUCCACUCCCUUCAGCGGGCAGCCGCCGGCGGGAGCGGCCCGCGACAAGGAAGCCAUGGCCAAAUCGCGCUCGUCCUACCAGUUUCCGCCGGUUAAUGCGCCCGUACAGGCGAACGCCAGUCCCCCGUCGACCAGCAACGGCGCCAACGGGCCGCAGUACGCCCGCGACCGCAACGGCGCCGUGAUGCCGGACCUGGUGCCCGUGGGGGUCAGCACCGGCGGCAGCCAUUCCCCGCAACUCCCUCAAGACAAACGCACGUCCGAGGAGCUACGGCGUUCUCUGCAAUAUCGCAUGGCGGUGUCGAAAUCGGGCCUCAACGGCAUGCCCCUGACCAACGGCAGCAGCGGCAACCUCACCCAGCUGCAGCAGCAACAACAGCAGCAGCAACAAGCGCAGAAGAAGCCGGUGUAUCCCUUCGCGCUGCAGCAGGCCAUCCCCGCGGGCGGUGUCAUCAACAAACGCGAAUCGCUGGCGGUCAACGUCAACGUCAUGCCCAGCGAGUCGGCCAGCAACUUCCAGGCCCUGCGCCCCAACCAGCCGGCCCCCGUCACCAGCGCCUCUGUCGCCGUGUCCGUCGCGCAGUCCAGCAUCGCCGGCGGUCUGGGGGAUACCCCGGAGAUCCGCAAAUACAAGAAGAAAUUCAGUUCGGAAGUGUUGUGUGCCGCGUUGUGGGGGGUGAACCUGCUGAUCGGCACGGACUCGGGGCUGAUGCUGCUGGACCGCAGCGGGCAGGGCAAGGUGUACCAGCUGAUCCACCGGCGGCGCUUCCAGCAGAUGGAGGUGCUGGAGAACCAGAACAUCCUGGUGACCAUCAGCGGCAAGAAGAACCGCCUGCGCGUCUAUUAUCUCUCCUGGCUGCGCAACAAGAUCCUGCGCACGGAGACGGCCGGGCCCGCCGUGGAGGGGAAGCGCGCCGGCUGGAUGAACCAGUCCGACAUCCAGGGCGCCGUCCACUUCCGCAUCGUCAAGUACGAGCGGAUUAAAUUCCUCGUCAUCGCGCUGAAGGACGCCGUGGAGAUUCAUGCCUGGGCGCCCAAACCCUACCACAAAUUCAUGCAGUAUAAGUCUUUCAGUGAGUUGCAGCAUAAGCCGCUGCUGGUGGAUUUGACGGUGGAGGAGGGCAGCCGGCUGAAGGUGGUGUACGGGUCCAGCGAGGGCUUCCACGCCGUCGACGUGGACGCCGGCACCGUCUACAACGUCCACACGCCGCCGCCCGAGCAGACGCCCAUCACGCCGCACGCCAUCGUCACGCUGCCCAACAGUCAGGGCAUGCAUUUACUGCUUUGCUACGACAAUGAGGGUGUCUACGUCAAUACAUACGGGAAGAUGCUCAAGAAUGUCAAGCUGCAAUGGGGAGAAAUGCCGACCAGUGUGGCGUUUAUCGCGGGGCAGAGUGGUGCCAAUGGCGGGAGCAGUGCCGGCGGGAGCGGCAGUACGCACGCGCAGAUCAUGGGCUGGGGCAACAAGGCCAUCGAGAUCCGCAACGUGGAGUCGGGACACUUGGACGGCGUCUUCAUGCACAAAAAAGCGCAGAAGCUCAAGUUCCUCUGCGAGCGCAACGAUAAGGUCUUCUUCUCCUCCGCCAAAACCGGCGGCUCCGCUUGCCAAAUCUACUUUAUGACGCUGAAUAAGCAUACGAUGACGAACUGGUGAAUAGAAGCGCCGAUUAACGCCGCAUGUGGAGAUUAUAUGGAAAAAAUAUGAUUUCCGGAAAAUAUUUUUCCUGGAAUUUUUUUGAUGGGAUGUUUCUGGAUGAUUUUUUGGUGUGCCAGUCUGCUACAAUCUCGCGCGACCGGAGCCGUUAUUCAGGCAAUUAAUCUCGACGAAUGGGUCUCCUGCCGCGGGACUGUGCGGACGGAAAUAGAAAUUGUUCUGCUUUUAACAUUACGCGCGUGUGCGCAUCGCGAGUAUUAGCGUCGUUCUUCCGCUGCGCUCGCCCAACGCAACGCGUGCGCCGUGUGUGCAACAUGUGGUGGUGUCUUCUCUUCUGCCAAAACCCGUGAAUGUGUCUUGUUGUUUUUUGUAUAUCACUUUUGCUCCGUACGUUCUCUCUCUCUCUUCUGAUGAAAAAAUACAAACGUGCUUUUUUUUACUUUUUUACAGAAAAUUUGUUGUUUGCAAAAUUGCAGAUAAUUGUUCAUGUUAGUAUUUUAUAUAUAUAUCUUACGUUCAAGUGUGUUUUUAAUUAGUGUUUGUAGCCGGUUUUUUUAACGCUUUUAUUCUGUACAUUCGCAUGUUGCGCCUGCUUCUUGACUUGUGCUUGAAUUGAUAAACUGAUGGUGA